AUGGUUAACGCCAAAAAUCAUCCUCCUGGAGGCCAAUGUGGCGGAGAGGCUCAUGCCACUGAACGCCUGAGUUCGAAUACUGACGAGAACAUCAGAAACAUUUACAGCCUGCGGGCAACAGUGGGAUUUGGAUUUGGAGUCCAUCACAUCAGUUCAACGAAAAAACACCAGGAGCUGCAUGACAAGACGGUAAUUGCGUACUUCACCAAUUGGGCUCAGCUAUUCUUCCUUUUCAUAUUGGGUGGCUAUGCUCUGUUGAACACUUGGAGCAACUUGCAGAACCUGCAAAGCUUGCUCUGCGGGAUAUACAAAAUUGAUUUUCAAUUUGAACAGGCCAUCGGACGAGUGUUCAAUUACACUCGCAUGAGGAAGCACAUGUGUAUUCAGGUCAUUGUGACAUUUGUGGUAACAGCAUCUCUGUCCAUGGUGAACUGCAUCAUAAUCUAUUGGGAUCCUGAAGAUCUCAACUUCAAGUCGACUUGUUUUUGGUUUGUCUGCUUUUUCCCGUUAUUAUUGCUGACAUUCAAAGAACUUCAGUUCUAUAAUUUGAUGUUCAUUCUCAAGUCGAAGUUUGAUGUCAUCAACGAAGAACUGGCUGGCUGUGUUGGGAAUAGCAUUCUGGGCAUAAACUUCAUGCCCAGGAAUCUAUGUGAGAGAAUUGCUAAACCACAAUGCACCUUGGAAACCCUAAAGCAUCUGCUACAGAUAUACGCAAAUUUAGGCGACUGUGUGGAAUUGUUACUACGCAUCUUUGCCUGGCACUUGGUGCUGAUGACGUGCGCCUCUUUUGGAGCGAUAACCAUAGAAGGAUACAAUCUCUUCGCUGCCUUGGUGGCCCGGACUAUACAAAUGGGUUAUUAUCAGGUGGUAGUUAUUAUAUGCUGGUGUCUGGUGCAAAUCGGGGUCAUUGGAGUGAAUGUUAGUGCCUGUUGCAAAACAAACAAUGCGAUGUCCCUUACGGGUACUCUGUUGCAUAGAAUUGCUGCUGAUUGCGUUGCGGUGCCCGAGCUCCAUUCAAUUCUUCAAAUAUUCUCCUUGGAGGUAAUGCAGCGUAAAGAUUGCUUCACUGCUGCCGGUUUCUUCAACAUGGACUACAAAUUGAUAACAUCAAUUGUAGCUGCCGUUACCACUUAUCUGUUGAUAAUCAUACAGUUCCACACGAGUUUGGAUAAACGUUUUAUAUCAAACAAUGUCUAAAUUCUUGUGUAUGUUUUUCAAUGUCACUUUGGACCUUUUUGAAGUUCUUCAUUCAGCUUCUUUAUUUAAUUAUCUAAAAGCGAAUGCUGCAUAUGAUCUUUCUUACUAUCGUUUGGUGUGUGGUAUGUUAGGUUAGACCUUUAUUUUGAGGCGCUUUAUUUGAACUACUUGAACUUUCUUCGAUCUA